AUGGGCGCGCUCAAAGACCUGCGCAACAUGACCUUCCUGCGGCUCGACGUGACGAACCAGACGCAGAUCACCGACGCCGUCGCGGCGGUGACCAAAGAAACCGACGGCCGUCUGCACUACCUGAUCAACAACGCCGGCCACAACCGCUACAUGCCGAUCCUCGACGAGAACAUCGCCGAAGCGCGCGAGCUCUUCGACACCAACGUCUGGGGCUCGCUCGCCGUGACCCAGGCGUUUGCCCCGCUAGUCAUCCAGGCGAAGGGGACGAUCGGAUUUGUGACGUCCAUCGCGGGGCACGUCAACGUGCCGUAUAUGGGUGUGUAUGCCGCCUCGAAACGCUCGCAGGAAAUCAUCGCCGAAACCCUGCGCCUCGAGCUCGCCCCGUUCGGCGUCAAGGUGCUGUCCAUCAUUACGGGGGCGGUGCGCACGCGCGGCCAGUCGUAUUUUGCGGACUGGCAUCUGCCCGAGGACUCGCUGUACAAGAGCAUCGAGAAGACCAUCUACGCGCGGGCGCAUUGGGAGGAUGGUGUUCCUCGGAUGGACGCGAUCACGUAUGCGGAGAAGGUAGUAAAUCGGCUGACGGCGGGGUCGACGGGGACGGUGUGGUAUGGGGCGUCGGCCUCGACGGUCAAGUUCUUAUUGAGCUGGUUUCCGACGUGGAUUUUGGAUAAGGCGCUUGCGUAUGGGACUGGGCUGGAGAAAGUGGGGAGGAAGUGA